UGUUACUAACACACUCACCUAUCAUGCGAGGCGUGCUGCAUACAUCGUGUUCUGGACAGAUACGUAAGGAGAUUAGAUAGGGUAAGUAUAAUAAAGAGUAGAGCGGCGGUAGACUCGUUGCAGAAUUUGGAAAUGUUGUCGAAAGUCCUCGUCCUCUUUCUGGUGGGUGUUGUGGCCUGCGGCCGCCAUCCAGAGGCGCCGUCGGGACGGAACACAGCGGCCAUCAACACUGCCGAAUUAUCCUCAGACUUUUGGUACAAUGAAGCCAAGGCAGCCAUAGAGAAACGCUUCCAGCGCCAACGCGACCCCGACCAGAAUGUGGCGCGCAACCUCAUUAUGUUCCUGGGAGACGGCAUGUCCAUACCUACCCUGGCUGCGGCAAGAACUUUCAAAGGCCAAAAUGCCGGAAAAACUGGGGAAGAAGAUGAACUGUUCUUCGAAAGCUUCCCCGGGGUUGGUUUAGCGAAGACAUACUGCGUGAACCAACAAAUUCCUGAUUCUGCGUGCACGGCGACCGCCUACUUGUGUGGUGUGAAGAACAACUACGGCACCACAGGAGUGACAGCAGCCGUCAGUAGACGUGACUGCGAGGCCUCGCUGAUUGAAGCAAACCGACUACAGUCCAUCGCUGAUUGGGCCCUGGCCGCCGGCAAAGAUGUUGGUAUAGUGACGACUACCAGGAUUACGCACGCCUCUCCUUCAGGAACCUAUGCCAAGACUGCCAACCGAGGAUGGGAGAAUAAUGCUGAAGUAAUCGCUGAUAAUCAAGAUCCUGAAAAAUGUAUUGAUAUUGCACAGCAGCUCGUGCACAGUCACCCAGGCAAUAAGUUCAAGGUAAUUUUGGGUGGAGGAAGACGAGAGUUCAUUCCAAAUACGAUAAGAGAUGAAGAGGGUACACGUGGAAGGAGAUCUGAUGAUCGCAAUUUGAUUGAAGAAUGGCAACAAGACAAGGUUGAUCGCAAUUUGUCGUAUGCAUAUGUAUGGAAUAGAGAAGAACUAAGGAACCUUUCUGAUUCUCUACCAGAAUAUUUGUUAGGGCUCUUUGAAGGUUCUCAUUUACCAUACCACUUGGAAGGGGAUCCAAUAUUGGAGCCAACUCUGGAGGAGUUGACGGAAGUAGCAAUCCGUAUACUGAGUCGAAACGAGAAAGGGUUCUUUUUGUUUGUGGAAGGCGGACGUAUAGACCACGCUCACCACGAUAACUAUGUGCAUCUCGCUCUUGAUGAAACACUUGAGUUCGAAAAAGCGGUACAAAAAGCUGCUGGAUUGUUGCCUGAAGAUGAUUCACUGAUUGUUGUAACUGCUGAUCACGCUCAUGUCAUGACUUUUAACGGAUACAGUGCACGCGGAACCUCAGUUGUGGGCUUGUCAGAUCAAGCAGAUAAUAACAGAAUGCCCUACAUGACCAUCUCCUACACAAACGGCCCAGGCGCUCGCAAACAGGUCAAUGGUAUCCGUGAUGACAUCAGGCAAGAUAGCAACUUUGGUCAGUGGAGAUGGCGUGCGCACGCAGAAGCACCUCUUGGCAGUGAGACCCACGGCGGGGACGACGUGGCGGUGUUCGCGCGCGGGCCGCACUACCGCCUGUUCGCCGGGCUGUACGAGCAGAGCCAGAUCCCGCACGUCAUGGCCUACGUCGGCUGCAUAGGGCCGGGCCUCCACGCGCCAGGCUGUUACGCCGAGAACGCGGAAAAUGAUGAGAAUGACGGCAGCACGGACGGCGAUGAAAGCUCCGAUAACGCUGGCAGCGGUGCGUCCCCUGUAAACAUCACGGGUCUAUUACCUCUGUUCGUUACUAUUAUCAACUUUAUAUCGUUAACCAUAUUUUAUAGGCAAGAUUAAGAAGAAAUGAUUGUGACGAAAUUAUUAUUAUCAAAUAUUUUCUAUGUAUAAGUCUGAUUAGUAAGCUAGUUAUCUUAUGAUAUUAACAAAAAAAAAAACUCUUGUUAUUUAUUUAAAUAUUGUCUCAAGAAAUUUCUAUAUGGGUUUUUAUAACAAAAAGAGCCAAAAAUAAAGUCAAUACUUAAUAUAAAUAUAUUAGAGUUCUGUUAUUGUUCAAGUCUGCUCAUAGUCUGCUACAUACAUAGAUACACCGAUCAUUUUAUACGCAAUGAUUUCAAUACUUUGCUGUCAUAGCUUUCAAUAUAUUCAAUGAUAGAAGAUUAAAUAAAACUAAUUAAUUGCUUAAUCUUAGUUGAAAAGUAUAUUGACGUCAAUAAGUGAUAAAUUUCAAUUAUCUUAUACGUAUAUAAUAUAUAUCUAUUCUUCUUAUCAAGUGGAUUACAAGUUUAAUCGGUACAGUUAACAGUAGCACGAGUCGUAGUCGAGGGUACGUUGCAACAGUCAACUUUGAUGUUAACUCUAAUUUGCGCAGAAAGUUAAAGUUAACGUCAAAGUUAACUGGUGCAAGCCACCUUAUAACAUGUUUAUCUGGAUUAUUUGUCACCCAUGAUUACGAUGUAAUUCCUGAACAGCCCGUUAAAUGGGAACCAGUACCUUCCAAUCCUUGUUACAAAAACGAGAAUUACAGAUCCCUAGGCGAUUUAAACAUUAUUUAUAGGUACAAAAAUUCACUUCACAAUAUCAAGGAGAGCUCACUUGUGCAAUCGGAGGGUUUAAUUAGGAUUCUAACCCAGAACAUCCCGGUCAAUGACACGAGCGCUGCUGGACCAAUAAUAAGGCAGUUGUUGCAUUGCAUACAAAUUGGGGUAGCUAUAUAAUUUGCAAUUAUCGGUAUAGUAGGUGUUUUGUAAUGGUUAAUGGAACUGAAAACUUGGACUAGGCUUUUAGUUACUAAAUCGAUAUUAUUUACGUAACGUUUAUUAAUAAACGUAUACAUUAUUGGUUGUAGUAAAUAUAACAAAAAAAUACUCGUAUCUACUAGGAACACAAAACUUAUAUUUUAAUGUUCCAAAGAAAUUGUGCAAUUAUAGAAACGUGAGAUAAAUAUUACCGUACUGAGAGACUAUUGUAAAACAUUUUAAAGUUCUGUUGUUUGUUUAUAGAAAUUACAUUUGGGAUUAUGGAGAACAUGCUUAAAAUUAUAUCAGACAAAAGUUAUAUUAAUAUAAUCAUGUCAAUAAAACAUUUUAGAUAAAGUCGACGAAGGAGA